CUCCUUUCUCUGUCUAUGAAAAGUGAACCCUAUCCCAACUAUAUGGAUGACUAUGACUAUAUGUCACCUCAGUCACGUGCACCUCAACCUUCCCAAUACCAACCAUAUGCAAAGCGACCCAUAUCCCCACAAAUACCACAAUAUAGAACGCCCACCACUGCUUCGCCUGUGGAAAAAAACCAGUACUCUGCACCACAAAUGGAUUACUUAAGCAUACUUAAAUCCUUAAAAACCAUGUGGGAUCUUUAUCAAUCAUUUACCUCUUCCUGGAAUACCAUAGCCGAAAGACGUAAUCGCGAAGAACAACUAGCACAGCAGAAAUACAAACAAAUGCAACAGAUACGUAUUAACUCGAAGAAACCACCAAAAUUUAAUAACAAAAAGAAUGGCACACAAACUACUAAAAAUCCACGAAAACAAACUACCACAACCACCACUGCAACACCCAUACUAAACAGUUCGGAGAUGUAUACAUCUUCAGAGGAAGAAGUAGUGGCAGUGAAAAAGCAACCAUUAGCUAAAGUUAAGCCACGCAAAGAUAUGAAGGGCGGGAGGGUGAAGAGUAAGAAUGAGGAUAAUUUGAGAGAUAAAAGACAGACGGAAACUGCAGAUGUGGGUGAAGGACGUUAUAUAAAGGGAGAUCCUUUAAAGGGCUAUUAUGAUUUUGUCAUCACAGAAGGUUCUUACAAGUUUUGGGCAGCUUUCCAGGUCGGAACUGCCAUUUUGAUUAUUUACUCCACUUUUGCCGCCAUCUAUUAUUCCAAGGUAAAUCCUCUAGUAAGUGAUUACGAUUAUACGGAUUAUUUGGGUGGAGCACGUUCCUUAUCUGGAGGCGAUUUGGAUUUCGUAGACGAUGAUACGGGUGUAGAGAAAAAGGCACAAUCGAAAAGCUGGUUAGAAUAUUUACCACGUACUGGGCAUUCACUGAAAUUCAUAUUAGACGCAAUCGAUAAAUUGCCAACGGAUCAUAUAGGAAAUGAGGGCAUAAAUAAGGAAGUCCAGGAUGAAGAGGAAAAUAGAGACGAGAAUCAGAAUACAUUUGAAACAGAGUACACAGAUGAAGGUGGACAAUCGGGUGAAGAAGUAACUGCAGAUAAAACUGAAACUUCCAGUGAAACGAAACAGGAUAAUAAUGCUAUGUAAAUUGUAUAAUUAGGAGUACUUGUUUAUUUAGGUUAAAUAAAAGAUAUUAACAAAUUUAA